AUGGAUAAAUUUAGGCGCAGUACUUCGAAAGAUGACCCUCUACUUUGGAAUCUAUUUAACUAUCAACUGCCAGUUAUGAAAGAAUAUGUUCAUCCACCUAAAGAUGAAUCUUAUUUUAAUCAGUUGAUUAAAGAGACUCAUAUCGAGGAUGAUGUUGGAACCGCAAAGAAAACAGCUCUUCACACGCAGCAAAAAACCAAUGUUCAGUCUCCGUCCUGCAUUCCAGGUUCUAGGAAUAGUGGCAAGCGAUUUCCGGGAAAAAUUGUCGAAAACAUUAAACCAGACACACCUCCUGUUAGCUACUCUCAAUGUUCUUUAGGCCAACAUACUCAAGGCAACAAAGAAAAUGUGCCUACCACAAGAGUUAAAGGAAAUGAAUGUCUUCCAGAACAGAGAAUUCAUAAACAAAGUUCAGCGUUUAAAGAGAAUAGACCUCCGACAAAUAUUAAAAGAAAAGCCUUGCUCAAAUCCUCCAGAUCAAACAUCCAUUCAGCAACGCAGAAGAGGCCAUGCAAGAACCCUGAUGUCAAUAAGAUGGUAUCACCUGCUGGGCACACCAUCUUUACAAAUUUAAGUUCCAGUAAAGAUAAAGGGAAGAUGGUGGUUGAGAAUGCAAUAAGACCCCAACAUUUGAGGAGUGAAGUUGAUGUUAUGAAUUUGUCUGAAUAUGAUAGUGAUUCAAGUGAUGCUUUUUCUGACCAAGAUUUCCCUGAAGAUUUCAUUCAUGAAUCACAUAAAUUUGGACCAACAGUUGGUACUCAGUCUGACAGGGGGGUAAAUAUUGACUUACCACCACGUAAAUUAAAUUUUGAUCCUAAGGAUUCUCAACAGGACUCAGCCGACCACUUCAAUGAUCUUGGUUUUUCUCAUUUUGGAGAAUCUUACAGCGAUCAGAGUGACGGCGAUUCAGAAGAUGAUUAUGGUGGUGAUUUUAACUGUCAAGACAUUGAGGAAGAGGAACCAAAUAUAUAUGCUGUGAAAGAGUAUGCUACUUUAGGUCCCCCUAACGUGAAAUGUAUUCAUUGUCAAGCUUGGAUGUGGAAAGAGGAACGUGUCAACAAAAGUGUGAAGAAAGGCACUCCUGUUUUUUCCCUCUGUUGUGCCAAGGGACAAAUCAAACUUCCAAAAGAGAGGCCAACUCCAUCAUUCAUUUGGCAGUUACACAAUGAUAAGAACAAGUCUCAAAGAUUCAAGGAUGGUAUACGUCUAUACAAUAGCCUAUUUGCUUUUACUUCUACCGGAGGAAAAGUUGAUCACUCUAUUAAUAAUGGAGGAGCACCUUAUGUAUAUCGGUUAAAUGGUCAGAACCACCACCUUUUUGGUUCAUUACUACCAGACGAUGGUGAAGACCCAAAGUUCUGCCAGUUGUAUAUUUAUGACACGGAGAAUGAAAUAGAAAACAGAAUGAAAUGGGUUAGUGUCACAGAUGGUCAGCAAGUUGAUGCUGAAAUUGUUGAAGGAUUGUCCCAGAUGUUAGAUGAAACAAAUGAGCUGGUGAAGGAAUUUAGAUCUGCACGUGAUCGGUUUGAGAAUGGUGUGCAAGAGUUAGAAAUCAUCCUCAAGGUAUCCAGGGCUGAGAGUGGACGUGAAAAUCAUAUCGGUCCAUCGGAUGAGGUUGCAGGUGUAAUGGUUGGGGAUAUGGACGACACAAAAGGUACACGUGAUAUAAUUCUGCAUUCACGUAAGAAAGGCUUAGAGAGAAUAACAGACAUUCACCCAAAAUUGAUGUCACUUCAAUAUCCUUUGUUGUUCCCGCAUGGUGGUGAUGGCUUCCAUAAGGACAUACCCUUUGGGAAGGUUGAUAAUGUAACGCAGAAACAAAGGCAGAUGAUUUCAAUGAAAGAAUUCUAUUCAUAUAAAUUGCAAGUCCGGACCAAUGAAGGAAUUACACCACGGUUAGGUGGUAGGCUCUAUCAACAGUAUAUUGUUGACGCUUUUUCAACUAUUGAGCAAGCACGUCUGUGGUGGUUCCGUAAGCAUCAAACAACCUUACGAUCAGACCUAUAUUCAAGUAUUAAAAAAUCAGUGUCUGUUGGUUCUUCAGAGUGCUCAAAUAUUGGAAAAGGAUUUAUUUUGCCAUCCGGUUUUGUUGGCUCACGAAGGUACAUGCAGCAAAAUUUCCAGGACGCUCUUGCUGUUUGUCGAGUAAUAGGUCAUCCCGACAUCUUCCUUACAAUGACAACAAAUCCUCUUUGGGAUGAAAUAAACGAGAUGAUGAAGUUGAUUCCACACUGCAGCCCUCAGAAUUCACCAGAUGUGAUCGCCCGUGUGUUUCGCCUCAAGCUUGAUCAAUUAAUAGAGGAGAUAAAGCAGAAGAAAUUCUUUGGGACUUGCCUUGGUGUCAUGUAUGUGGUGGAAUUCCAAAAGCGAGGCUUGCCUCAUGUUCACAUGCUGAUUUGGUUGGAUGCGGCAUCUAAACAAAAUCUCAAAUCAAAUGUUGACAACUUUGUAUCAGCAGAGAUUCCAGACGAGAAAGUUGAUCCUGCAGGAUAUGCUGCCGUCAAAGCAUUUAUGAUGCAUGGACCAUGCGGCAAAGAAUAUCCAAAGUCUCCUUGCAUGAAGCAGCACAAAUGUACUAGGCAUUUUCCCAAAAAGUUCUGUCAAGCGACGACGUUUGAUCAAUCAGGGUUUCCCAUUUACAAACGCCGGCAGACCAAUAUUACAGUUAAAAAAGGGAAAGCUGAUCUUGAUAACCAAUGGGUGGUUCCAUAUAAUAGAGAUUUGUUGGUCAAAUUUCAGUGUCACAUAAAUGUGGAGAUUUGUGCUCACGCACGUAGUCUCAAAUAUCUUUUUAAGUAUUGCCUCAAAGGACAUGACCGAGCUACUGUUGAAAUUCGGGGAAAGAAGCGCAGCUCCAACUUAUUAAAUGAAAUAGAGCAACCUGAAGAUGAAAUCCAAUCUUUUUUCGAUGGAAGAUACAUUUGCGGCUGUGAAGCUGCUUACAGGAUUUUCGGUUUUAAUAUCCAUUAUAGGUCUCUGGCGGUUCAACGACUUUCAUUCCAUCUCGAAGGGGAUAAAACAUGUACAUUUCGUUCAAAUGAACCAUUACAGAAGGUGGCUGCUAGAGAAGGGAUCAGGCUCAGUCAGUUGGAGGCUUUCUUCGAGCUUAACUCAACUGAUAACAAUGCAAGGCAAUAUCUGUAUGACGAAAUCCCGCAACAUUAUGUCUGGAAUGAUACAGAUAGGAUUUGGACAGUGAGGAAGAGGGGUAAAAAGAUUGGGAGGCUUUCUUACACCCAUCACAGUUCUGGGGAAUUGUGGUUUUUACGCCUACUCUUGACAAAAGUUCAUGGUCCGACCUCCUUCCAAUGCUUGCGCACUGUUAAAGGGAAGACGUAUGACACUUUUCAUGAGGCAUGCAAAGUAUAUGGAUUACUGGACGAUGACAAUGAAUGGGAUGAGGUUUUGAAAGAAUGCUCUAUUUCUGGAUUUCCCCCCCAAAUCCGCCAGCUUUUUGUCCACAUAAUGGUGAAUUGUAAAGUGACUGAUCUUAAAGAAUUGUGGAACAAACAUUGGAUUAAUAUGGUUGAUGACAUUUUGUUGAAACAGAGAAGAUUGACUGGAAAUCCAUUACUGAUUCUUAAUGAAAAACAGCAGCAGUUUUAUGCCUUAGCAGAAAUCCAUACGUUGUUGAAGAGCGUUGGAAAGUCUUUAAAAGAGUACUCUCAAAUGCCUCAACCUCCUCCCAGCUAUUUGGAUUGUAGUGUAAACAAUCUCAUAGAGGAGGAAACCAGUUAUGAUGUUACAGAAAUGGAGGAGGAGUAUAAGCAUCUAAUAUCAUCCUGUAACCAAGAGCAGCUUGCAGUCUUUACAUCUAUAAUGGAGUCAGUUGAGAAAAAAGAGGGAGGUGUUUUUUUUGUGUACGGUAGCGGGGGCUGCGGAAAAACCUACUUAUGGAGAACAAUGAUUUCAAAAUUGCGGUCUGAACGCCUGAUUGUUCUUCCAGUUGCUUCAUCCGGUAUCGCCGCCACUCUCCUGCCAGGAGGGCGGACUGCACAUUCAAGGUUUAAAAUCCCAAUUGUACUUGAUGAGUAUUCAAUGUGUUCCAUAUCUCAUACAUCAGACAUUGCAGAGUUGGUUAAGCGUACAAGUCUAAUUAUUUGGGACGAGGCCCCAAUGCAACACCGAUAUUCAUUUGAAUGUCUUGAUCGUUCACUUAAAGAUAUCAUGAAAGCUGUUGAUCCAAGAAGAUAUCAUAUGCCUUUUGGUGGAAUUACAGUGGUUUUGGGUGGGGACUUCCGUCAAAUUCUCCCUGUCAUCCCACAAGCUCCAAGGGGUGAGAUAGUAGCUGCUUCAAUAACAAGAUCAAAGCUUUGGAAGAUCGCCACUGUGUUUAAACUAUUACACAACAUGCGUCUAAACAAGGGAAGAAACAACGAGGAGAUUCAGAAUUUGAAAGAAUUUGCACAAUGGGUUUUGGACAUUGGUGAUGGAAAAAUAGGACCUCCUCCUGAUGCAGGUGUGGAAUAUGGUGAGGAUGACAUUGCUGUGCCUGAACGUUACUGUAAUAUGGGUUCUGAAAAUUCAGUGGAACAAAUGAUGAAAACCACCUUUCCGUCAUUUCUGGAAAAAUUUCAGGACCCAAAUUACUUGAGCGAUAGAGCAAUCCUAACACCAACAAAUGUCAUUGUUGGUGAAGUAAACAGUGUGAUAGUGGACAGAAUCCCUGGGAACAUGUCUUCUUUCUUCAGCAUAGACACAGCGGAAGAUUAUCCCGGAACUGCAAGAGAGCAGAUGGCAUGUUUCCCACCAGAAUACCUCAAUGCAUUAAACAUUCCAGGUUUGCCACUUCAUGAAUUAAAGUUGAAAGUUGGCGUAGUUGUUAUGUUGAUGCGUAACUUGAAUCAGACAUUAGGAUUGUGUAAUGGUACUAGAAUGAUGGUUACACUUUGCCUUCAGUUUUGUGUUUGUUGUGAGGUCAUUAGCGGACAGUUCAAGGGGACAAAACAUUUCAUUCCUAGAAUGGAAUUAUGUCCAACCGAGACAAAACUCCCAUUCAAGCUUUGCAGGAAGCAAAUGCCUUUACAGAUUUGCUAUGCCAUGACAAUUAACAAAGCUCAAGGACAGUCACUUGAAAAUGUUGGGGUCUAUUUGCCAAAAGGGGUGUUCUCACAUGGACAAUACUAUGUUGCAGUGAGCCGUGUUACUUCACCUGAAGGGCUGAAAUGUUUCAUCAACGAUGAGCAUGGACAAAGCACAAACAUCACUCAAAAUGUAGUUUACAAGGAAGUAUUUUACAACUUACCAGUUACAAUGGACAAGGCUCUCUAUAGCUUCGAUUCACUUGAGGAUAUUGAGGACUCCAGAACUGACUGGAAAGUGAGAGUUAAAUCUCAGUCUAUUUGGAAAGGGAUCAACAAGAAAACUGGUGAAUGCAAAGGUUACAAUAUCGUCUUCUUUGAUGACUAUAGCACCAGGGUUCAUGCCUUCAUUUCAUCACAAAUAGUUCCACAGUUUGAGGACCUACUGACUGAAGAACAAAUGUACCUCAUUACAAACUUCAAAGUUUUGUUCUAUAAUGGAGAUGAAACAAACAGACCAGUUAGAACAGAGAAGCAUAUAUAUUUCACAAGUGAUACGGUCAUGGUAAAGGAGACAUUGUCAGGACUAAAGUUCCCAAACUACAGCUUUGAUAUGAGAAACUUAGAGGAGAUGGAAGUAAUGAAAAAGGAUAAUCGAUUCCUGAUAGAUGUCGUUGCCGUUGUUGAAAGUGUUCAAGAAAAAACUGUGUAUAUGAAGGAUGCUGUGGAGAAAUCACAUGUUGCUUUCACAAUAUCUGAUGGAAGGGCCACAAAGAAUGUGACUUUCUUCAACGAAUAUGGUGAUUCAUUUCUCGAAGCUUAUAAAGCAAUUAAAGAAACACCAGUUAUAAUUAUCAUCACCUUUGCCAAGGUUACAGAGUGGAAAGAAGUGGGCUACCUGUCUAAUUUCCCUGCCACAAGAUACUACUUGAAUAUCAAUCAUCAUGUUGUCAACAACCUAAUUCAGAGAUAUAGACAGCCAGGUUUCUAUGUAAUGGACAUUGAGGAAGAAGAGGAGGUUUUAGAGCUACCCCAAAUGAAGAUUAAGGAGCUGAGAGACCUUAAUGAAUCAUUUGUUCAGAAAAAAGUUACCUGCCAAGUUACGCUGAAGAGGUUUGAUGAAAAACAAAAUUGGUACUCUGCAUAUUGUAUAAAAUGUGAAAAAGAUUUGGAAAUGGUUGAUGGUAACUACAACUGCUGUGGAAGAAACUACCCAUAUCCAGACAAAAGGUUUCGUUUGUAUGGGUUGUGCUCUGAUGAAACUGGAACUGUUCCAAUUGUUUGGCCUGAUGAGGAAAUAUCUCGAUUGACAGGAAAGACGGUGUAUGAUGUUGAUGCUGAUGAUGACGAGGUUGAUGUGAAGAACAAAAUGCCCGAUAUCUUGAAAAGUUUAGAGAAGAAACAGUAUCGUUUAGACAUACUUCUUACAGAAGAAAAUGUUAAACAAGGUUCCAAUGUCUACAACGCUACAAAAAUCUCCAAACCACUGGAAAUUACAGACAACCAUGAUCCCAAUCCAAAUUUCCAUGCUGUCAAUGAGCAAACUGAGAUCACCAAUGAUAUCAGUAAAGAGCCAACCUCUAACAUUAACAGCCCAGCAACGGAAAAAUCUACAAACAAGACCAAAUCAAGGCUCACAGCUGAUAUCAUAGAAACACCCAUUAAGAAGCCAGAUUUGAAGAAAGUAAAGCUUGAGAAAGUAAGUGCAUAA